AUUGGUUGAUGAGGGUUGUCGAUGACUCGUGGUUUCUUCGUUUUAACAAUAGAGUAGGAUGGAUUGUCAGCACCGUGCUUGCUGGUGCAACUGUUGGUACAUCACUGGUGAUGCGUUGGCUGCUUUGCUCAGUGAAUUUUGAGGUGAAAUUCCCAUCUCCAUGGUUCCACAUCUGUCUUUUCUCGUUUGCCGGAAAGGAAGGAAUUGACUGGAGUUUGGAUAUGGGAGUUGGCGGCAGAGAGGGCAAAGGUAUGUGGAGGCUAAAAGUGUUGAUAAAUCCUUGUUGUUACCAGCUAGACCAGGACUAUUAUCCAGGCAGGAGGAAGAGAGGCAAGAACUACAAAGGACUGGUAUGAUUUCCCUUCUGGUGGAAACUCUUAGUCAUUAGUAGAUUGUGCUUUACUCUAGCUGUAGAGAGGCAAUUUUGAACUGUCAUUAGUUUGUUUUUGUUUAGUAC